GUUUAUAUUUCGGGCCUGGUCGCAUUUCUGGCCAUCGUCUCCAACGUCAUCAACGCCGUCGUCUUCGUCAAACUCGGUUUCUCCGACACCACCAACAUCGCGCUGCUGGGCCUGGCCGUGGCGGACAUUGGCGUUUCCUUGCCCGUCUCCGGGUACAGCCUGAUCAACUCACCCACCAUCUCAUCGCUUCUCGGGCAGUCGCUGAGGGAGGCAAUUAUUUACGUUGUUCAAGGUCCUGCCCACGUUCUGUUCUGCCGGAUAGCCGGUCUCUUGACGGCUUUUCUGGCUCUGGAGCGAUUCGUCUGCGUGGCGUGGCCGUUGCGCGUCAAAACUCUCGUCACGCCACAUUUGACCGUUUGUUUUGUGAUAGGCACCUUCGUCAUCAUGACGUUGUGUAACGUUCCAAGUUCUCUAGCCAAUCAGAUCGGGCUGAGAUUCGAGCCGUUCCUCAACGAGACUGGGUACGGGAUUUUAUUUCAUCCGUACGGCGAUCAACUCCAGGACAUAACGAUCACUAUCCAGGUGCUGACCCAGGUGAUGUCAUUUACAGUCGUCACCGUGUCCACUCUUGGGUUGGUAAGGUCACUGCGUAGAAGUGUCCAAUGGAGGAAGUCCACGUCAUUGGUCAGCCUCCGUGCUCACGUGUCAAGACGUGAAAAACAGCUGGUCAAGAUGGUCAUCCUGAUCUCAACCGUUUUCAUCGUCUGCUCGCUGCCCACAGUUGUCGGGAACUUGGCCAUGAUUUUCGUUAAAGACUUCAACGUCCGUGGGAGUCUCAAGAACCUGUUCUUACUAGUGUGCCUGGUAUUUUUUAUCUUAAACAACACCAACUCGAUGGUCAACAUCUUUGUCUACCUGAACAUGAGCUCAAGGUACAGAGUUGCGUUUCUUUCACUGUUUGGGGACACUUGA